AGGCAGCAGGUGCGUGUUCGCCCGGUGGUCGACUAAAACUGAGACACGUCAUUCAAACCGACUUCCGCGAGAAUUCAACUACCGGCGAAGAUUUGCCUAUGUCAGAGCCAAAGGACGAUAAGCUGAAUCGAGACUGCGAUAUAGAUUUAUCUGUGCCAGUGCCACAAGUGGAUAAGACGCCGACGGGCAAAAUGGCAGAAGCCGGUCGUUUUAAACUGUUGGUGUGUGCCGGUGGAAUAUUCGUCUGCUACUUUUAUUACGGAAUCCUGCAAGAAAAGAUCACCAAGGGGAAGUAUGGAGAAGGCGAGUCCCAGGAGAAGUUCCGCUUCACCCUCGCCCUGGUGUUUGUGCAGUGCAUCAUCAAUGCCAUCUUCGCAUUGUGUGCUCGCAAGAUCUUUCAGCGGGAACGUGACUCCACGCCGCGCACUCUGUAUGCCAUGUGCUCGCUCACCUACCUGGGCGCCAUGCUGGCCAGCAACCACGCCCUCCAACAUGUCGCCUACCCGACUCAGGUCCUCGGUAAAUCCGUCAAACCAAUUCCUGUUAUGAUUCUGGGAGUUUUAUUGGCAAGGAAGAGCUACCCCAUGGCCAAGUACUUCUGUGUGCUUCUGAUCGUGAUGGGCGUCGCCAUGUUUAUGUACAAGGACCAGGCCCACACAACUAAGGGAGAUCACGCCGGCCUGGGGAUGGGCGAGUUCCUGCUGCUAGUGUCCUUGACCUUGGAUGGCCUGACAGGAGCGUCCCAGGAUAAGAUGAGGUCUGAGCAUAAGACAGGGGCAUACAGCAUGAUGCUGUUUGUCAACGCCUGGUCCAUCAUCUGGCUAGCCAUUGGUCUGGUGACAACGGGCGAAGGUUUUGAGUUCCUGAGUUUUGCUGGUCGCAACCCUUCAGUGUACUUCAACAUGAUUUCAUUCUCCAUAGCAAGUGCCUUGGGACAGACCUUCAUCUUCAUCACCGUGACAACGUUUGGACCGCUCACAUGCUCCAUUGUCACGACAACGAGGAAGUUCUUCACUAUACUAGGAUCUGUGUUGAUAUUUGGCAACCCCAUGCUGUCUCGACAGUGGGUAGGAACCUUGUUGGUGUUUGUGGGUUUAGCACUAGACUCAGUGUUUGGCAAAGAAAAGAAGAAGAACAAAUGAUCUGACGUCUCCUAGCUGAAUGACAAGGUGUAGGAUGCUUGGAUGUGAUCAGUAAGCCUCAAUGGAUGAAUGUGGAUGAAAUGACAAAGCUCAAGAAGGACGGAAGAAGCUUUCUUGAUUGUUGGAACACACACAGGGACCAAUGUAUUUAUUUGUUUGUUACUGUGUACUUUUAGUACCAAAGCUUAUCACUGAGGAUGCUGAAUGGACUGCUUUUAAUGAGUGUAGAUGGGUUGUGCUGAACGUUUUUAUGAUAUGCCUGAUAUAAUGUGUAAUACUUGUUCAUUUUUUAACCUCAAUAUUUUAGUUAAGGCUUAAGUUUAGAAAUGAUUAGUUAAAGUUUCUUUGAGAGGCAUUUAGAAGUUGGUAUAAUGAUAAGGUAUAUGGAUGAACAACUUCUCUAUUACAAUAAGUGGCGAUUUUUUGGUGUAGGUUUUAGAAAUUACAUAAACCUAGAAAUUUACGAUCUUUCAACUCUGUUUUUUUUCUCGACAAAAAAAUAUUCUAAUAAGAGCCCCCUAUUUCUAAUUUUGAGAGCGCCCUGGGCGCUUAUUACGUGGAAUAUGGUAUGUACAUAUUAGUCAAAUCCAAGUUGUGUCUAUAAAGUUGUUAUGUGUUGUAUGAGUUGCUGCAAGUCUCCAUGAACUGUUGAGAAGAGAGGUUGACAAUCACAAUGUGUGUUGUGAGGUUCUGUUACCAUAGGAAAACACUGAAGACCAAGAGGUUCAGAUUAUGACUUGUUAUUUAAAGGAUGUAUACUGUACACUUGGAUACCCACAAGGCCAGUGGCAGGGGUCAAUGACCUGAAACUAAAUGUUGAGCAUGGGGCUACGCUUCUGUCACUGGCCAAUAAUGUUCUCUUGACCCUGAAGCAAGGGUGGGGUUGCCAAGAUAUGGGAGUCAAGAUGAGGUUCGAAGAUGGGGUUCCAAAAUGGGGGACCAAGAUGGGGUAGCCUAGAUGGGGUUGCCAAGAUUGGGUACCAAGAUGGGGUAGCCUAGAUGGGGUUGCCAAGAUGGGGGACCAAGAUGGGGUAGCCUAGAUGGGGUUGCCAAGAUGGGGGACCAAGAUGGGGUAGCCUAGAUGGGGUUGCCAAGAUGGGGUAGCCUAGAUGGGGUUGCCAAGAUUGUGUGGAACCUAUGUCUGGCUGUACUGUGGCUUAAAUAUUGGUAACUAUUACCUCAGUUUGAAAGGAUGUGUGCGUAAGUGUACUCAUUCACUAUUCAAAGUUGACCUUAUGAGUCUCCUGCAGUAACUGAGCACUGAAGAUGCAACAUUCUGUGCCUUUAGACAGGUGAUACACACACUGUAUGUGUGGUAAAGAUUAUUGUUUCCAUGGUGGUGAGAGAAUUGUUUUAUAUUUAUCACAUAUAUUUGUUUGGUGUUCAGUGUAACCAUGGUAACCUGGUUUGCAUGCUGUUUUGGUGGAUGAAUAAUUUCCUUUUUAAAAACAUUCUUGCUGUAUCUACAUUGUCCAUUCUGCUGUUAUGUCUGUCUCAGAGCUGAACCCAUACCUAUGGAUGGUUCAAACAGGUAACUUCUAAAACCUUGUCUCAUUGUUUGAGGGGGCACGGGUGGUCCAAUAGUCUUAGGAGCCACAAUUCACUGUGCAGAGUUGCUUCCCUUGGCAACGCCAGAAACCUAUGAUUGUGGGUUCGAAUCCCAGUUGGCCCCGAUUAUGUUUCUAGGUUCACUCACUCACUCACUCAUUGUCUGAAAUGGAUCACUGUAAGUUUUUGUCCUGUCUGGCUAUGUAUGUAAGACAAAUGCAUCUCACAUUUCUACACAAUACCAGAGUCUCAUGUUCGUACGGCGAUAUAGCCUGGUGAUUAUUGUGUUCGUUUGUCAUACCGAAGACUCAGGUAUUUACAUGAAGCUCUGUAAGGCAAUCGUAGCUAGGACAAGGUCUGGUUGCGUUGCUCAUGUGGGGCAUGUGUAGCCUAGUCGUCUAAGGCGCCGCAGUUAGCUCUGCAGAGUUGCGCGGCAGAAACCUAUGAUCAUAGGUUCGAAUCUAAGUUCAUCCAGAUUAUGUUUCUAGAUUUAUCAGCACCAUGCCCGUGCUCGUGGGUUUCACAUUGGAGAUGUGCAUCACUUCAGCCUUACCUCCUACUUAAAGCUGACAUGCUGUGAUAUAACUGGAAUAAUGUUCAAAGCAGCAUUAACUAAAACUCCCUCACUCACUCCACGUGCAAUGAAGGCAGACAUUUACUGAAUCGGGGGCUGGUCCUUGAUCAUGGGGCUUUCCGAAAUGGAAUAAAUUUGUUAAAUUGUAUAUAUACACUAUUUUCGUGUGUCAAAUGACCCAUACACAUGGAUGUUGUAAUGACAGACUUUGCUGAUACUGGUGAUAUACUUCUGUGAAUUUUCA